AAGUCAUCCUGUGCCCAUAUCGAUACCCGUAAAAGACAUUCCUAUAAUUGGAUCAACAUUUCGACAAUCGGUCUUUAACUCUUGUAAUAUCUUAAUCGGUAUUGGAAUUCUUGCAUUGCCUUUUGGAUUCAGACAUGCGGGGUGGGUGAUCGGGACAUCGCUAUUCUUUUUCUGUUUGGCAGUCACAAAUUAUACUGCUAAAGUAUUAGCAAAAUGUUUGGAAUAUGAUGUGAGACUUUGCACUUACGCUGAUAUGGGUGCGAUUGCGUUCGGAGAACGUACACGACUUGUCAUAUCAACACUAUUUUCGCUUGAAUUAAUAGCAUCAGCCACGGCAUUAGUAAUUCUUGUUGGAGAUUCUCUACACGAAUUAUUUCCAGAUACAUCUCUUGUUACCCUAAAAGUCAUUGCAUGGAUGGUAAUGACACCAUUAACUUUGAUCGCAAUACGUUAUCUCUCAUAUUUUUCAUUACUUGGAAUAUUAUCUGCGACAACUUUGGUAACAGUUAUGAUUGCUGAUGGAUUUACGAAACAUGAACAUCCCGGGAGUUUAUUCGACCCCAUGCAAACAAAUUUAUGGCCACCAUCUUGGGGAACAUUGCCUAUUAGCUUUGGACUGAUUAUGGCAGGAUUUACAGGUCAUGCUGUCUUUCCGACCGUAUAUCGUGAUAUGCAAAAACCCCAUCAAUUUCCAAAAAUGGUAAACAUAACUUAUGAGUUGACCACAAUUGUCUACUUUCUUAUGGCCGCAUGCGGUUAUUUGAUGUUUGGCAAUGAAACAAAACAAGAGAUCACACAGAACAUAAUGAUAACUCCUGGCUAUUGGAAAAUUCUUAAUGAAAUCGUAAUAUGGCUUGUGGCAGUAAACCCGAUUGCAAAAUAUGCACUCACAUUAAACCCCAUAAAUUUAACUAUAGAAAUAUAUUAUCAUUCUAUUCCUCGGGUAGAGAAUUGGUUUAACUCGGGCCGUGGUCGUCGAACAGGAUUGCGCGUUCUCACGCGUAUGCUAGUAUCAACAAUAGUUGUAUUAGUUGCAAUCAAAUUUCCUGAGUUUGAAAGGGUUAUGGGUGUAUUAGGAAGUUUUUUUUCGUUCAUGAUCUCCGCCAUUUUUCCCUGCCCUUUGGGACAAUUUGGGCUUUUUUGCCAAUUGAAAGUUCAUGAUUUGGAGGUUGAUACACAAAUAAUAGAAAUUGAAGAUCGUAAAUAG